UCACUCCUCUGGGUUAGACAGCUGCAGAAAGCUGAGAAACCGAUAGGAUCCCAGCCAAGAGCCGGCUCUCCGCCUUCCUCAGAACAUAGAUGCUGGACCUUAGAAGAAGAAAGUCAAAAUGUCUACUGGAGCAGACCUGAAAGCAAGAGAGGGAGACAUUCCCAGUGACAACAUGACCCAAGAACAAUCCUUCAAGAAAGGCUUCUGCUCACUGCGGCAUGGUCUGGCCUUCAUCUUGCAUCUCUGUAAUUUUUCUAUUUAUACCCAACAAAUGAACUUGAGCUUUGCCAUAACCGCCAUGGUGAAUACCACAGUAGCAUCCAGCCAGCUCAAUGCUUCCACAGAAAGACCUCCCACUAACUCCCAGGAUGUCUGGAAUGAAACACUGCAGGAAUCUAAGGCUCCUGUUUAUGACUGGACACCUGAGAUCCAGGGGAUCCUCCUCAGCUCCCUCAGCUAUGGAUCGUUCAUAGCUCCAAUCCCCACUGGCUAUGUGGCUGGAGUAUUUGGAGCCAAGUACGUGGUUGGUCUGGGCUUGUUAAUUUCUUCAGUCCUGACUCUCUUCAUUCCACUGGCAGCUGAUGCUGGAGUAGCCUUGCUCAUUGUCCUCCGGGUCAUCCAAGGCAUGGCUCAGGUUAUGGUAUUAACAGGUCAGUACUCACUGUGGGCCAAAUGGGCUCCCCCACAGGAAAGGAGUCAACUCAUCACCAUCGCUGCAUCAGGGUCAAUGCUUGGGACCUUCCUUGUCCUUAUUGCUGGUGGUCUUAUUUGUCAGGCCCUCGGAUGGCCUUAUAUAUUCUACAUCUUUGGUGGAAUUGGCUGUGCCUGUUGCCUGCUCUGGUUCCCUCUCGUAUAUGAUGACCCACAGAAUCACCCCUUUAUCAGCACUGGUGAGAGGAGAUACAUCACAUGCUCACUGGCUCAAGAGGAUUGCUCCCUGGGCUGGUCUCUUCCCAUUAAAGCCAUGGUGAAAUCUCUCCCGCUUUGGGCCAUUGUAGUUUCUUACUUCUGUGAAUACUGGCUGUUAUCCACAGUAAUGGCAUAUACACCCACAUAUAUCAGCUCUGUACUUCAAGCAAACCUCCGAGAUAGUGGAAUCCUGUCAGCCCUGCCGUUCAUGUUUGGCUGUGUCUGCAUCAUCCUUGGGGGCCUACUGGCAGAUUUUCUGCUCUCCAGGAAAAUCCUCCGACUUGUCACUAUCAGGAAGCUCUUCACUGCUGUAGGGGUCCUUGCCUCAUCUGGAAUCCUCCUGCCCCUGCCUUGGGUCAGAUCUAGCCGCAGCACCACAAUGGCCUUCUUGGUACUGUCUUCUGUCUUUGCCAGCCUCUGUGAUUCAGGAGCCCUCAUUAACUUCUUGGAUAUAGCUCCACGGUAUGCUGGCUUUCUCAAAGGAUUAUUGCAAGUCUUUUCUUACCUAGCUGGAGGCAUAGCUCCUACUGUUGCUGGAUUUUUCAUCAGUCAGGAUUCAGAGUUUGGCUGGAGAAAUGUCUUCUUCCUUGCAGCUGCUAUUGAUGUAGUAGGCCUGCUCUUCUACCUCAUCUUCAGCCGGGCAGAGGUACAGGACUGGGCUAAGGAACCGACAUUCACCCAUCUCUGAGCAACGUUAGUGAUGAGUAAAAAAGACUUGCUUUUGUGCCCACUGGACAGCUAAAGCUCUCCUACUGGAAGAGGCUUCAUUUCAGGAUCAUUUAAGAGACCCUGGCUGUGUGAUACUAAAGGUAUUUUUUUCCAUGCCUGGAGAUUUCACAAAGGAAAGAAAAGACUGGUUAUUUAGAACUGUGUGCUCCUGAAAUCACAGGUUCUACAAAUCCUCUAUACUUUCCCCUGUUGCCAUGGGACUGGAGGAGAGUUUGCCCCGAAGUACAGCAGUGACGAGUUGGAACCACAGGAGAAUGAUACCACGAACUCUAAGCUGUCAGCAAAGAGAACCGACAGCCUGGAAAACAGGAUGUUUGUGAGCCGGAAGUUCUGCAGCUGUAGCCAAGUGAGGAGGUUAAAGAAUUACUGUGGCUCUUGGUGCGUGUAGGAUGUCUAACUGAAAAUAGUCAGGAUGAAGAGCAAUAAAAAAAUUAAUCCAUCAUGCAAAAAGCAAUGAACUUUCUUCAACUAAUACAAGAGGAGUAGUAGAAUCUAGUCAUUCCAGACAGCUUUCUGUAUGUGGAUCCUGGCUUUGGAUCAAAACCACUUCUGCAAUAAGAACACCAACCACCCAGGCACUCUCUGGAGUCCACUGUUCUAUUCACAUCUUUCUUCUUUCUGACCACUUUAGCCUGGGUCCCUCAUCUGUAUGUAGAUUUGUGCAAAUCCCUUAUGUCUUAGUCUUAGGGAGUAGAAUUGCCUUGUGUGUCUCUGAUCUCCUCAGGUACUGCUUUGCAGCAUCAUGGAUACCCUAUGCCUGUUUCUCUGAUGCUUACAAUCGCAGCCAUUGUUCACCAGGCCUCAUUUGAUGUAAAAUGUCUCCUAAAAAUGUAUGUGAGACCCGU